UGAUGCUGUUCUUUGCGACAUUUCUGUGUAUGCGUGUGUGUGUUUGAUCAUACUUAUAAAGGCUCAGGGAGAAGCUCAGACACACUCAGUGUUUGAUCAUGAUCCUGCUCGUGCUGCUUCUCGCCGCCGCUGGGAGUGGCCAUGCUCACAGCGUUCGGGGCCAGGAGAGAAACGGUGCAUGUGUGUGUGAGGUCAACAGCUCGGUCUGGGCUUUUCCUGUUACCAAGUAUGACACCGUGACAAAACUGCUACAAAACUGCGAAGAAUCACUGCAACUACUCCAAAAACAGACAGUGACGAGCGCUAAGACGGUGCUUGCGAUGGAGGCCACACUGAAUAAUGUGAAGCAGCGGCUGGAGAAGUUCCAGUACCUGAACAAUCAGGGCCUGUACAAUGCACUACACCUGAAGCAGCUUGGCCAAGAGAUCCAGCAGCUAUAUGACACCGUGAAUACUUUACACACUGAAAAGGAGGCAUGGCGGAUACGCACAGAGUUGCGGAAGUUUAAGAAGGAUGUGGAUAAGAUGUAUAAGGACAAGAUUUUCAACCUAGAAACAGUGAGGGAGAAGCUGCGCUCCCUCAAUAACCGUGUCCAGACCUGCAGGACCAUCCCACAAGACUUCAGGAGCUCUUGUUCUCAGCGCACGAUGAAAAAUAUCAGUGCGCCAGUGGUCACUAAGCUGAACCCGUUCAGUUCGUCCUAUAUCGCUGGAGCGUGGGGUCAUGACCCUGGCCUCAAUGGUGAAGAAACGUACUGGAUCCAGCCUCUAGCUAACAGCCACAUGUUGGGCAUCACUGUGCGCUUCUACAAGACUUAUGAGGACUUCCUGGCUGCAAAGAACUACAAAGAUGAAGUAGUGGCUAACUCAUACACUCACUCUAAUGCAAUUCAGGGUCCAGGGACCAUCGUUUACAAGGGCGUUGUGUAUUAUCAGUGCUAUUACAAGCCUGAUAUCUGUGCCUUUGAUUUGAAAACCAAGCAAGUCCGACGUCUCACACUUCCUGAUGCUGGAUUCAACAACAAAUUCCCCUACUGCUACUACAGCUGCUUCGAUUGGACGGACAUCAACCUCUCAGCUGAUGACAAGGGUUUGUGGGUAAUGUACGCCACGGAAGCUAACCACGGGAACGUGGUCGUGAGUCGAGUGAACACUGAAGGCUUCAACAUAACGCACACGUGGAAGACACGCCUGUUCAAGCGUUCAGCGACCAACGCCUUCAUGGUGUGUGGGGUGCUUUACGCAACUCGCUACAUAAACACUUAUAAAGAGGAAGUGUUCUACGCCUUCGACACGACCACAGGGAUGGAGGACAACACACUCUCGCUCCCUAUGGAGAAGGUGGCAGCGGGCGUCGCCAACCUUCACUACAACCCCACAGACAUGAGGCUCUACAUGUACAAUGGUGGCUACAUGCUCGCCUACCAAGCUUACUUCUGAAAGGCUAGAUUAAAAUAUGCAAUACAUGCACUGUAUAAAAACAAUAUGUUUAAAUUUCAGUUGUUAACAGGACCACUCUCUGAUUACUUAGUUGAUCAAGUCUCUUUCAUUGUAGAAAAGCCAUAUUUCUCAUUUGCACCUCUCAAAAUCAAGUGAAAAAUCUAGCCUAUUGCAAAUCAUGCCAGAUUUUCGGUCUUACCAUAGUGCACCAAAAUUUAAAUCUCACCCAAUUUUUUUUUUUUCACAAGUCGAUGGGAAAUGUAAUCUAUAUACACUGUUACAGUAUAAUACCAUUUGUAUAGCAUAGCUAGUAUGCUUUGAAAGUAAUGCUUCAUUAAAGAGAAAUAAAUCUUUUAUGCUGCCUGAUGACUGGAUAUAGAGAAUGCUGCAAAAUAAAUAAUACAAUAGCUGAAAAUGUCUAAAAGUGAGUUUUGGUUUUAAUGCUGUUGGCUUUUAAUGUUAACAGCACACAGAAGAUUUUGUGAUUUUGUGGUUGUAUUUUGUGAUCACCCUUGGCUGGUCACAACGUACAACAGGCUGAACAAUCAAAAACUGCUCAGGACAUUCAUAAUGUCCUUUUUCAUACACUGUGUUUUAUGAAUGUUUAGUCCCUCUGCUUUUUUCAAAAGCACAUAUAACUCAACAACAGGGCCAUGUUUGGUGUCAAAUGCAUUGGAAAAUCAUGCUUGACACUUUGGAGUAAGUUCUGUAGAUGCACAACACUCAACUUUCAUGAUCUUGGCAUUUUAUGAAUGUUAAAAAAGUUGCUGUUUUGGAAUUGUGUAAUUAUCCAAGUGUUUUUGGUAAUAACCUGGACAGUCUUGACCUUGAUUUGCCUGUUAAUAAACUUUUUGCAUAUGGA